AAUUCAUUGUAGCAAUUUCAGACGCUCGAUGGAUGACCGGUUUGAGUGGUUAUCGGAUUUUGGGCCGUGUAUUUGUGUUGAUGGAGAGAAGGUGGAUGUACUAACAGAACCAAAGGAAUUUUACGCCGCUUUGUCAUCAAGAUGCAAGACCGCCAAAGACAGAGUCAUUCUCGCAUCUCUCUACAUUGGCACUGGAGACAUGGAACGAGCUCUGGUCACUUCCCUCCAGGACAGCUUAGCUGACAAUAAAACCCUUCGCGUCAGGGUUCUCUUGGACGCGUGUCGGGGUUCCCGAGGGUCUCCAAACUCUAGAGCCAUUCUUCUUCCUUUGCUUUCCGAGAAAGGGGUUCGAAUAGCCCUGUACAGAACCCCGAUGUUGUCGGGUUGGUUGCGGAAACUCGUGCCUGAGCGAUGGAAUGAGAUUUUCGGGUUGCAGCACGUCAAGAUUUACGUGUUUGACAACGACGUUGUGAUGACGGGUGCGAACCUGAGCAAGGAUUAUUUCACUAAUCGACAGGACCGGUGUGUCCUGUUUCGCGGGUCCAAGCAGUUGGCAGACUUUUGCGAGGAGUUUGUGGACGCCGUGUCGUCCUUUUCCCACGGACUGAACCCUGAUGACAGUCUUACAGCUCCUGAGAUUUCCUUGGAGGACUCUAAAACAUGUCAUGAUGCGAGAAAGGUUGUGGAAUCUAUGCUGGAUUCCUGGCGAAAUCGCAGUGGCCCCCUCAGCGAUACUCGAGUCUGGCCUCUGGUGCAAAUGGGUCAACUCGGAGUGGACAGAGACAGGAAAGCGACCUCGACUCUUCUUUCCCGUGCUUCGUCCAAGCUUCAAAUUGCUUCCGGUUACUUCAACCUCACCAAAGAUUACGAGUUCCGCAUGAUAUCGAAUCCGAAUGCGAGUUACGACGUUCUCAUGGCACAUCCGACAACCAACGGGUUCUUCGAUGCCCAAGGCAUUUCCGGUAUGAUUCCUCACGCCUACACGUUUUUGGCGAGUCAUUUCUUCAACCGCAUCACGGCCAACAAUUGCUCACGAAUUCGGCUGUUUGAAUACCUGAGACCCAAGUGGACGUUCCACGGCAAGGGGUUGUGGAUGUUGCGGGAGAAUGAAGCUUUGACCUUUGUUGGGUCACCGAACUUUGGUUACCGGAGUGUCGAGCGGGAUCUGGAAUUGCAGCUGGCUGUGGUGACGACUAAUGUCAGGCUUCGAAAGCAGCUGGAUAGAGAGUGCAAUAAAUUGUUUUCCUACGGGGUGCCAGUGACGAGUGAAGUAUUUGCAGCGCCCGAGCGUUAUGUGCCUUAUUGGGUUCGUUUGGCGAUUCGAACUGUGAAGCAUUUCUUUUGAAAGUUUAGGAAUGAGCGUAGUUUGUUUUUCUUUCUUUAUUUUGUUUUCUAGCUCUGCACGUUUUCAAUGAAAUGGAGCUGUAAUACAAUUGUCCUCAUGAGCAA